GCGAAGAUGUUACUAUCUCCGGUUAAUUCUUCCAUUCCGUUAAUUCGUUGCCAGUGACGUACAGCUCUGAAUCUCUGUGUAUCCAGAAUUUGAUUAGACCGACGCAUAGGAAUCCAUUUCACGAGUAGAAUGGAUCAAUCAAAAUUAGAGAGAUAUGAAGAACUAGGGUUAAGGGAGGCCUUGAAUCGACCCCAUCGCUACCCACUCGCUUGCAAUGAGCUGAGCUCUAUCCUCCGAGACGCAUAUUCUCAACUCUCCAAGAAUCUUCAGUCUCAUAUCUUCCAUGAUACUCUUCUCGCCUUUCAGCUCCUUCCGGAAAUGCAGACGCAAGCUUCAAUAACUGCAGCUAACGCUCUUCUGCAUAGUGUGGACGCUGUUUUGCCUAAACAAAAGAGGAUUUUGGCUGCUAGAGAAUUCAAACAUGCAAUGAUUGCUCAUAAGAGGCGCGGCAAGGCCAUUUGUGAUGAAGGCGGUCUUAUACAAAAAUUUCAUGGAGAUGUUCUUGCACACAUCUUCCAAUUUUUGGAUGUUCAAACUCUGUUACUUGCUGCACUAGUUUGCCGGUCAUGGAGAGAAGCAACUUGGGAUAACCGUCUGUGGCAGUCAAUAUAUGCCGAUUUUUUGGGCACUUCUGUUAACAUGUCCAAUGAUAUUGGGCAUAAAAGCUACACAUCAUCCCAGAAUAUGCAAAGUACAUGUCAUGAAGAAAUAAAUACUACAACAAGGGUUGACUGGAAAGACGCUUUCAAGAUAGCUCAUAAAGAUAGAUCAUCGAAAAUGCUACUAACAUCUCCAAGGGGGUACUGCUGUUACUGUCGUUCAGCAGUCUGGCUUAAUAGUGGCAAGUGUUCGAAAAGUCAAACUGGCCAAGAGUGUUGCUACGGUACGGUCAAACCUGUUUCAACUGAACAGAUUGUUCACUAUGUAUUAUCAGGCUCCAUACCUGGAUCUUCUUGCAUUUUUGACAGUGAUUCAGAAGACAGUGACAGUGAUGAUGAAUGUACGUGUAAGAUGUGGGCCUUUCCUAUGCGACUCGCCUCUUUUAAUAUGUACGUAGAGAGGCAAGGGGAGAUUGAUUAGAGAUUUUAUAUGUAUAUUUUACUUUAAUAAAAAGUAUUUUAGAAAUUAUUUUCUACAAUUUGUCACACCGUAAAUAACAUUGCUUCCCUCCCGAAAUAUACAAGGCAUUUACUUUCA